CAACUGUCUGCGGCGCCCGGAAAACAAGCCGGUGCGCGGGGGACCCGGGGCUGGGACCGCCUUGCUCCAGCCUAGCCCCUCGAUCCUUAGAGUCGUCCCUAGUGUAUGCUCAGCAUCUCCCGGGACUCCAGCGCAGACGGCCGGGCCUCAGGUCUCUGCCCCCGCGCGGGGCCCCGGCCGUGUAGCCGCAGGGAGCGGCCGGAUGGAGCGGAGGAUGAAAGGCGGAUACUUGGACCAGCAAGUGCCCUACACCUUCUGCAGCAAAUCUCCCGGAAAUGGGAGCUUGCGUGAAACGCUGAUGGUCCCGCAGGGGAAGCUCAUGGACCCGGGCUCCCUACCUCCUUCCGACUCCGAAGAUCUCUUCCAGGAUCUAAGUCACUUACAGGAGACGUGGCUCGCUGAAGCUCAGGUACCGGACAGUGAUGAGCAGUUUGUUCCUGAUUUCCAUUCAGAAAACUUAGCUUUCCACAGCCCCACCACCAGGAUCAAGAAGGAGCCCCAGAGCCCCCGAGCAGACCCGGCCGUGUCCUGCAGCAGGAAGCCACCACUCUCCUACCACCAUGGAGAGCAGUGCCUUUAUUCCAGUGCCUAUGACUCCCCCAGACAAAUCGCCAUCAAGUCCCCUGCCCCUGGUGCCCCUGGACAGUCGCCCUUGCAGCCCUUUCCUAGGGCCGAACAGCGGAGUUUCCUGAGAUCCACUGGCACCUCUCAGCCCCACCCUGGCCAUGGGUACCUCGGAGAGCAUAGCUCCAUCUUCCAGCAGCCCCUGGAUAUGUGCCACUCCUUCACGUCUUCUCAGGGAGGGGGCCGGGAACCCCUUCCAGCCCCCUACCAGCACCAGCUGUCUGAGCCCUGCCCACCCUACCCCCAGCAGAGCUUCAAGCAGGAGUACCAUGACCCCCUGUAUGAACAGGCUGGCCAGCCAGCUAUGGGCCAGGGUGGGGUCAGUGGACACAGGUACCCAGGGGCGGGGGUGGUGAUCAAACAGGAACAGACGGACUUCGCUUACGAUUCAGAUGUCCCUGGGUGUGCAUCCAUGUACCUCCAUACAGAGGGUUUCUCCGGGCCCUCACCAGGUGAUGGGGCCAUGGGAUAUGGCUAUGAGAAACCUCUACGACCAUUCCCAGAUGAUGUCUGCGUUGUCCCAGAGAAAUUUGAAGGAGACAUCAAGCAGGAAGGAGUUGGAGCAUUCCGAGAGGGGCCACCCUACCAGCGCCGGGGUGCCUUGCAGCUGUGGCAGUUUCUGGUGGCCCUGCUGGAUGACCCAACAAAUGCCCAUUUCAUAGCUUGGACAGGCCGGGGGAUGGAGUUCAAACUAAUUGAGCCUGAGGAGGUUGCCAGGCUCUGGGGCAUCCAGAAGAACCGGCCAGCCAUGAAUUAUGACAAGCUGAGUCGCUCUCUGCGAUACUAUUAUGAGAAAGGCAUCAUGCAGAAGGUGGCCGGCGAGCGUUAUGUGUACAAGUUUGUGUGUGAGCCUGAGGCCUUGUUUUCUCUGGCCUUCCCGGAUAAUCAGCGUCCAGCCCUGAAGGCUGAGUUUGACCGGCCAGUCAGUGAGGAGGACACAGUCCCUUUAUCCCACUUGGACGAGAGCCCUGCCUACCUCCCAGAGCUGGCUGGCUCUGCCCAGCCCUUCGGCCCCAAGGGUGGCUAUUCUUACUAGCCCCCAGUGACAUCCUCCUUGCCACAGGUAGAAGAUGCCCUGUAUUGAUGAAUUUGAUGUUGGGGAAACCCUCAAUCUGAAACCCACAGAUGUCAAUGGGGAAGGUCCCCCAAUGUCCCAUCAGUCACCUUUGCCCCAGACUCUGGGCUGCUCGCCUGAGUCUUUAGGGAAGGACAAGUGGAGAAAGGCCAAGUCCAGAGGCAAGGUCUCAGAAGUUCCCCCUGAUGUUUCACCUCUGCCCCAGGUCAGUUCAGACUCUGCCUAAAUCCUCAGAUGUUUAAGCCCUGCUCCCCUUCUCCCAACACAGAUAACAAGCCUUUGUUCUGUUCCGGGGAUAGAGAAGAAGUGUCCCAACUUCAACCUGUCAGGGCCCAGAGGUUCCCUAAGCUCCCCAGUUGUUCUACUGUGGGGGACCCAAGUGUGGACUCUGCACUCCAUCCCAAGCUAUGGCCCCAAAAGGCCAGGCUGUCCUUUCUUGGUGCUCUGUGCUCCCAGAGGCAGGAGCAGGUGGGGUGUUUGGUGGAGGCAGAGGGCAUGGGGUUCUGCUCCAAGGAUCCUUUGCCUCCCCCCUGCCUUGUCCAGGCCCACACAGGCCUGGGAUUCCACCUCCACCCCAUCUGUCAGACCUUAAUAAAGGCCUCUGCUCCUC